AUGUCACCCACAAACGAAAACGAAAAGAAGCAAGAGGAAAAGAGGAGGGAUUGGCUAGGCGUUGAGGAUAGCGAUGCUGAGGAUGACGAUGCAGGUUCAGAAGAGGAGGAGAGUCGAGUGAAGGGAAUCUCAAAGCGCUCAACAAAGCGACGAAAGGUCGACCAUGUCGAUUCAGCGAGUGAGGAUGAAGAAGAUGGUGAAAAGGAAUCACAGGAAGACGAGGGCGGAGAGGCGGCAGAAGAGACAGAAAAGGCCUCAAAAACAAAAAAGAAGGAAACAAAGAAGCAAGACGAGGAUGAGGACGAUCUGCUUUUCACAAAUCCAAAUAAGCUCAAACCACUCACCCAGGAAGAGCUUACGGCCUCUAAAGCAGCGACAAAAAAAACCGGUGUGAUAUAUCUUUCUAAAGUUCCUCCAUUCAUGAAACCUAUGAAAGUUAAACAACUACUUUCUCGCUUCGGCGAAAUAAACCGCAUUUUCCUCGCCCCUGAAGAUCCAAAAGCCUACGCCCGCCGUGUUCGCUUUGGUGGCAAUAAAAAGCGUAACUUUGACGAAGGCUGGGUCGAAUUCGUAAACAAGAAAGACGCAAGGCUAGUCGCCGAAACUCUCAACGCUACCCCCAUUGGUGGUAAGAAGGGAUCCUACUAUUAUGACGAUGUCUGGAACCUGAAAUACCUCCCUAAAUUCAAAUGGCAUCAUCUUCAAGCUCAAAUCGCCUACGAGAACGCCUCCCGUCAAUCCAAAAUGCGCGCAGAAAUUGCGCAGGCAACCCGUGAGAAUAAAACUUAUAUUCGGAAUGUCGAGAGGGCAAAGAUGGUCAAGAACAUGGAGGCUUCUACGGCAUCUAAAAAGCGGAAAUCCGGAGAUAAUGGCGAAGAAGAAGGCAAGAAGAAAGUCAUCGAAGUCCGGAGGCAAUUUAGACAGAAUAAAACCAAAGGGAGCGCCGAUACUGGAAAGGUGGAAACAAGUGAAGGGGUCAAGAGGUUGCUCAGUAAGGUGUUCUGA